AUGACCCUCUGGGAUGGCGAGCUGCCUUUCUACCCCCAGUCCCGGCGUGCUGCUGGCUACAGCGUCCCGCUGCUCAUCGUCAUUCUGGUGUUCUUGACCUUGGCUGCCAGCUUCUUGCUCAUCUUGCCCGGGAUUCGUGGCCAUUCGCGCUGGUUCUGGCUGGUGAGAGUUCUCCUCAGUCUGUUCAUCGGCGCAGAAAUCGUGGCGGUGCACUUCAGUGCAGAGUGGGCAGUGGGCAGAGCGAACGCCAACACAUCCUACAAGGCCUUCAGCGCAGCCCGCGUCCGAGCCCUUGUGGGCCUGCACGUGGGCCUGGAGGGGAUCAAUAUCACACUCACAGGGACCCCAGUGCAGCAGCUGAACGAGACUAUCGACUACAACGAGCAGUUCAGCUGGCGCCUGGGCGAAGACUACGCGGAGGAGUAUGAGGAGGCGCUGGAGAGGGGACUGCCCGACCCGGUCCUUUACUUGGCGGAGAAGUUCACCCCUAGCAGUCCCUGCGGCCUCUACCGCCAGUACCGCCUGGCGGGCCACUACGCCUCCGCCACGCUGUGGGUGGCGUUCUGCCUCUGGCUGCUCUCCAACGCGCUGCUGUCCAUGCCCGCGCCGCUGUACGGGGGCCUGGCGCUGCUGGCCACCGGCGCCUUCGCGCUCUUCGCCGUCCUGGCCUUCGCCUCCAUCGCCAGCGCACCGCUCUGCCCGCUGCGCCUGGGCGCCUCCGCCAUCGCCAGCCACUACGGCGCCGCCUUCUGGGUGACGCUGGCCACCGGCGUCCUGUGCCUCCUCCUAGGAGGGGCGGUGGUGGGCCUCCACUGCACCAAGCCCAGCGCGCUUCGCACCUUCUUGGACCAAAGCGUCAAGAACGGCGGUAACCAGGCGAGAGAGGGCUCGGCUCUCAGUCUCAACAACCCAUUCUACAAGCAGUCCGAGGCCUCGGGUGCAACGAUCAGUACUAACCUGUGA